UCAGUGCCGUCCCGCUCGUGUUGGCGCAUCCAAUGGGAAAGAAAAUGACACGAGUCGGGGCCUCCAAGCGACUGGUGCUCCAGGGUCCUUCAUUUUGAGCACAACUGAGACGCGUUAAUUCAUUGUUUGUAUCUGUGUAAGGAUGGCUUCCUUGAAGGUACCAGUCAUCGAUGUCCAGAAUGAUAAUUUCAAAGAACUCUGGCCAUCUAUGCUCCUGGCCAUCCAAACAUCUAGCUUUAUAGCAAUCGACACGGAACUUAGUGGGCUUGGAUCAAGGAAGAGUUUGUUGAACCAGUGUAUUGAAGAACGCUAUAAAGCUGUGUGUAGUGCUGCCAGAACACGCUCCAUUUUAUCUCUUGGAAUUGCUUGUUUCAAGCAGCUUCCUGACAAGACAGAGAACACAUACCUUUCACAGAUCUACAACCUGACCUUGCUCUGCAUGGAGGAUUAUAUAAUUGAACCACAGUCAGUUCAGUUCCUGGUACAACAUGGCUUUGACUUUAACAAGCAAUAUUCCCAGGGGAUUCCGUAUCAGAGGGGCAAUGACAAGGGAAAUGAAAAUCGGAGCCAAACUGUCCGUACUUUUUUCCUGGAACUGAUUCGAGCCCGGAAGCCCCUCAUCCUGCAUAAUGGCCUAAUUGAUUUGGUCUUCUUGUACCAGUGUUUCUAUGCUCACUUACCUGAUAACUUGGGUACCUUUACUGCAGAUCUUUCAGAGAUGUUUCCAGCUGGCAUCUAUGACACCAAAUAUGCUUCUGAGUUUGAGACACGUUUUGUGGCCUCUUACUUAGAGUAUGCCUACAAAAAGUGCAAGCGAGAGAAUUGCAGAUUGAAAGACUCAAAAAAGCAGCAUCUCACCAUAGAGUUCUGCAGCUACCCUGCCAGCAUAUCUUCCUAUAUUGACUACCGCUUCUGUUCUCUGUCUGACACUACCCAACCUGGAAAAGACACUGCAAAUAAAGUUGCUAUCUGCCAGACAUUUUCUGCUUAUGGCUGGUGUCCAGAUGGACUGAAGUGUUCACAAUCUCACAACAUUGAUCUAAUAAUUACUGAAGAUGAAAACCACAAAGAGGAGAAGAGGAAGAAAAGGAAGCAGAAAUGGAAGAGACGGAAGAAUACUGCAGAACCUUUGAAAAAACCUGAUUUGGGAAGACCUGAGAAGGAUGGGGAAGAGUCUUUGAAUAUGGAAGAUGGUCCACCCUCCAAGCAAUCCUGUCCUAGCAGCACUGAUGCUACAGUAGAUGGUGCAGGCACAGAAGCUGCCUCCAGCAAUGAGGAGACUUUUAUGGAUUUUGAACGAGAACUAGGUUCUGACAGUGCAGCUGAUGCCAUAAUGGAUGAACAAAUCAAUGCCAGAGACAGUGAGGGCAUCAUGUCCUCACCAUCCAAAGAUGGCCAGUAUGAGGGGUUAGCAGGGACUGAAGGUUUAGGGCCCAAAGUUGAAGUAGAGAGUGCACUGGCAGUGGACUCCUUGCCUGGCACAGAGAACCCAGUAGCACCUCUAACUAGCUGUUCAGAGGGAGGCAUUCACAGGGCUGGGUUUGAUGCCUUCAUGACGGGUUACGUAAUGGCAUAUGUACAUAUGCUGAAGAAUGAUGAACACAGAGACUUAAAUGAAGGACCUUGGUUGCCAGACUGUCACAACAAACUAUAUCUCAGUGGAAAAUCUGUGCCACUUCAAAUUGUAAAAAGUUUGUUUGCAAAAUCCUCCAAAGCCCACAGCCAGAAGAUGAAAUUGGCCUGGGACAGUAGGUAGAGCAAGGAGGCUGGCUAUGCAAAACUUCAGAUGAGAGCAGCUGGAAAAAGAGCAGUUUCUAGACACAAUCCUCAAAUUAUGUAGUAGUUUUGUAGACUUUAAAAGAGCUAUUUGGAAUAAGUGGAAUAAAAAACAACUGCCUGUA